GAGAGCCCCCGCCCCGGGAGGAUGAGGCGGAGGCGGGUGUUUCCUGGCGCAUUCCCGGCCCGCCCGAGUGACUCACUCCGGCUGGAAACUCCCAGGCCCGCCCGGGACCCCCCAGCCGCCGCCGCUGCGGACCCAGGCCAGGAUGGCGGCCCAGGUGACGCUGGAGGACGCGCUGUCCAACGUGGACCUGCUGGAAGAGCUGCCUCUGCCCGACCAGCAGCCCUGCAUUGAGCCCCCACCGUCCUCCCUGCUCUACCAGCCAAAUUUCAACACAAACUUUGAAGACAGAAAUGCAUUUGUCACCGGUAUUGCAAGAUACAUUGAACAAGCAACUGUCCAUUCUGGCAUGAACGAGAUGCUGGAAGAGGGCCAGGAGUACGCCGUCAUGCUGUACACCUGGAGGAGCUGCUCUCGGGCCAUCCCACAGGUGAAAUGUAAUGAGCAGCCUAACAGAGUGGAAAUUUAUGAGAAAACCGUGGAGGUCCUGGAGCCUGAGGUCACAAAACUGAUGAAUUUUAUGUACUUCCAGAGAAAUGCCAUCGAGCGUUUUUGUGGGGAGGUGCGGCGCCUGUGCCACGCGGAACGGAGGAAGGACUUCGUGUCGGAGGCCUACCUGGUCACGCUGGGCAAGUUCAUCAACAUGUUCGCAGUGCUGGACGAGCUGAAGAACAUGAAGUGCAGCGUGAAGAACGACCACUCGGCCUACAAGAGGGCUGCUCAGUUUCUACGGAAAAUGGCAGACCCGCAGUCCAUCCAGGAGUCGCAGAACCUGUCCAUGUUCCUGGCCAACCACAACAAGAUCACACAGUCUCUGCAGCAACAGCUUGAAGUCAUCUCUGGCUACGAAGAGCUCCUAGCGGACAUCGUGAACCUGUGCGUGGAUUACUACGAGAACAGGAUGUACUUGACGCCCAGCGAGAAACACAUGCUUCUCAAAGUCAUGGGAUUUGGUCUGUACUUGAUGGAUGGGAGUGUCAGCAACAUCUAUAAACUAGAUGCCAAGAAAAGAAUAAACUUGUCCAAAAUCGACAAGUUUUUCAAGCAGCUCCAGGUGGUCCCGCUGUUCGGUGACAUGCAGAUAGAACUCGCAAGAUACAUCAAGACCAGCGCCCACUACGAGGAGAACAAAUCUCGGUGGACGUGCACGUCGUCCAGCAGCAGCCCCCAGUACAACAUCUGUGAGCAGAUGAUCCAGAUCCGAGAGGACCACAUGCGCUUCAUCUCCGAGCUGGCGCGCUACAGCAACAGCGAGGUUGUCACAGGCUCUGGCCGCCAGGAGGCCCAGAAGACAGACGCCGAGUACCGGAAGCUCUUCGACCUGGCGCUGCAGGGCCUGCAGCUGCUGUCCCAGUGGAGCGCGCACGUGAUGGAAGUGUAUUCGUGGAAACUCGUGCACCCGACGGACAAGUACUCCAACAAGGACUGCCCCGACAACGCUGAGGAGUAUGAGCGCGCCACGCGCUACAACUACACCAGCGAGGAGAAGUUCGCCCUCGUGGAGGUGAUCGCCAUGAUCAAGGGCCUGCAGGUGCUGAUGGGCAGGAUGGAGAGCGUGUUCAACCAUGCCAUCCGGCACACGGUCUACGCCGCCCUGCAGGACUUCUCCCAGGUCACGCUGCGGGAGCCGCUGCGGCAGGCCAUCAAGAAGAAGAAGAACGUCAUCCAGAGUGUCCUGCAGGCCAUCAGGAAGACCGUGUGCGACUGGGAGACGGGGCACGAGCCCUUCAACGACCCAGCCCUGCGGGGCGAGAAGGACCCCAAAAGCGGCUUCGACAUUAAAGUGCCUCGCCGCGCCGUGGGACCCUCCAGUACGCAGCUGUACCUGGUGCGCACCAUGGCAGAGUCCUUGAGCUCCGCCGAGCUACUGCGGCAGCUCAAGUCUCUGGGCAUGGAGAGGCUGGUGCAUGUGGUUCACGCGUUUCUGAGGCAGUCCUACACCUAUCCGCCUCUCUUAACCUUCGGGGGUAAGACAUCGUUCGUUUCCCUUGCUGACGUUCAGGGCACGGAGAAGUGCUCCUUCACAGGUCCUUCCUCCCACGCAGCAGCCCGGGCCACUAGAUGGGCGCCCAGACCCCUUAGCGGAGCCGGGGAGCCCGGCCAGGUCAGGGCCUCUGAGCCGCCCUCCUGGGGCCGAGCAGCGUCCGGUGCGACUAAUGCUGCCUGUGUGUUUUCUCCCACCAAGUUUCCCUGGAUCACGCAGCUUUACAUGGUGAGAACCAUGCUAGAGUCCCUCAUUGCAGACAAAAGUGGCUCCAAGAAAACCCUGAGAAGUAGCCUUGAGGGGCCCACCAUAUUGGACAUAGAAAAAUUCCAUCGAGAGUCCUUCUUCUACACUCACUUGAUAAAUUUCAGCGAGACCCUGCAGCAGUGCUGCGACCUCUCGCAGCUGUGGUUCCGCGAGUUCUUCCUGGAGCUCACCAUGGGGCGGCGCAUCCAGUUCCCCAUCGAGAUGUCCAUGCCCUGGAUCCUGACCGACCACAUCCUGGAGACCAAGGAGGCGUCCAUGAUGGAGUAUGUCCUCUACUCCCUGGACCUUUACAACGACAGCGCCCACUACGCCCUCACCCGGUUCAACAAGCAGUUUCUCUACGACGAAAUCGAGGCAGAGGUGAACCUGUGCUUUGACCAGUUUGUUUACAAGUUGGCUGACCAGAUAUUUGCAUAUUAUAAGGUGAUGGCUGGAAGUUUGCUUCUGGACAAACGGUUAAGAUCCGAAUGCAAGAACCAGGGGGCCACCAUCCACCUCCCGCCCUCCAACCGCUACGAGACGCUGCUCAAGCAGAGGCACGUGCAGCUCCUGGGCAGGUCCAUAGACCUCAAUCGCCUGAUCACCCAGCGCGUCUCGGUGGCCGUGUACAAGUCCCUGGAACUGGCUAUCGGACGGUUUGAGAGUGAAGACCUGACCUCCAUCGUGGAGCUGGACGGCCUCUUGGAAAUCAACCGCAUGACACACCAGCUGCUGAGCAGGUACCUGUCGCUGGACAGCUUCGACGCCAUGUUCCGGGAGGCCAACCACAACGUGUCCGCGCCUUAUGGGAGGAUCACCCUGCACGUCUUCUGGGAGCUCAACUACGACUUCCUGCCCAACUACUGCUACAACGGCUCCACCAACCGAUUUGUUCGGACAGUGUUACCAUUUUCCCAAGAAUUUCAAAGAGACAAACAGCCAAAUGCUCAGCCACAGUAUUUGCAUGGGUCCAAGGCUCUGAACCUGGCCUACUCCAGCAUCUACGGCAGCUACCGGAACUUCGUGGGGCCCCCGCACUUCCAGGUCAUCUGCCGGCUGCUCGGCUACCAGGGCAUCGCGGUCGUCAUGGAGGAGCUGCUGAAGGUCGUCAAGAGCCUGCUGCAGGGCACCAUCCUGCAGUACGUGAAGACGCUGAUGGAGGUGAUGCCCAAGAUCUGCCGCCUGCCCCGGCACGAGUAUGGCUCCCCCGGCAUCCUGGAGUUCUUCCACCACCAGCUGAAGGACAUUGUGGAGUAUGCGGAGUUGAAGACCGUGUGCUUCCAGAACCUGCGGGAGGUGGGCAACGCCAUCCUCUUCUGCCUGCUCAUCGAACAGAGCCUGUCGCUAGAGGAAGUGUGCGACCUGCUGCACGCAGCCCCCUUCCAGAACAUCCUGCCGAGGGUCCACGUGAAAGAGGGAGAGAGACUCGAUGCCAAAAUGAAGCGACUGGAAUCCAAGUACGCCCCCCUGCACCUCGUCCCUCUGAUUGAGAGACUGGGGACCCCUCAGCAAAUUGCCAUAGCGAGAGAGGGGGACCUGCUGACCAAGGAGCGUCUCUGCUGCGGCCUGUCCAUGUUCGAGGUCAUCCUGACGCGGAUCCGGACCUUCCUGGACGACCCCAUCUGGCGCGGGCCUCUGCCCAGCAACGGGGUCAUGCACGUGGACGAGUGUGUCGAGUUCCACAGACUGUGGAGCGCCAUGCAGUUUGUGUACUGCAUCCCUGUGGGCACGCACGAGUUCACGGUCGAGCAGUGCUUUGGCGACGGCCUGCACUGGGCCGGCUGCAUGAUCAUCGUUCUCCUUGGGCAACAGCGGCGCUUUGCUGUCCUGGAUUUCUGCUACCAUCUGCUUAAAGUCCAGAAACAUGAUGGCAAAGACGAGAUUAUCAAAAACGUGCCUUUGAAGAAGAUGGUGGAGAGAAUCCGCAAGUUCCAGAUUCUUAAUGACGAGAUCAUCACCGUGUUGGACAAGUACCUGAAGUCGGGCGAUGGAGAGAGCACGCCCGUGGAGCACGUGCGCUGCUUCCAGCCCCCGAUCCACCAGUCCCUGGCCAGCAGCUGAGGACAUGCCUGUGGCUGCUCUGGGAGUCCCGGUCCCGGCUGCAUCAGUAACUGUAGGGCAUGUUGUCUUGUCACACGCCAGUGAGGUUUGUAGGGACUCUGUCAGUGUCCUUGUACCUGUGAAAGGGCACUUUUCGAUCUGAAAGCCUAAAUUUAUAAAAUUGACUUAUUUUUCUAGCCUAAAAUUGUCUAUGCUUUUGGUAACUAGGAAGUUUGAGACUAUUGGCUGCAAAUUGCUGCCUUCCCAUUCUUACAGUUAUUUUCCGUUUUUCUGUGAAAUGUCCAAGUGCCACCGGGGUCACCGUGUGUCCCUCAGCCAGGGAUCAGUGAUGUUCAGGGACUUCAGCAAGGAACAUGGAUAGCUAAUUGUAAUAAAAGUCGCUACUAAUUACAGUGGAAAUUAAAGAUUGUUUAGCUUUUGUUAGGCCUUUUGCUAAUGAUCUUUUAUGAAUUAAAGUCAUUCUUUCCUUCCCUAUUUGUGUCAGUUAUUUCAGAAAAGAGUGAGCUUGACUCCUCGUUUCUACUGAAUCCAUUUGUAACAUCUAAUGUGUGAGGGAUGAUUUAAAGGGUGUACAAAUAAAAGGAAUGAAACCUC